AUGCAGGCGAGGUGGGAUGAUGCAAAGAAUUACACAACCAACAUCCAGAUUAUUUUUUCUUUUUGCGAUGUGCCGGCAAAGGCGACUGCGACAGCUGUCAAGCACGGCUGUGAGGUCACGGCGAAGACUGUCAAGGGCGGCGCAGAGAAGGGGGCGACGACGGUGAAAAAUGGCGUGGCCUCGGCACAGGCGGUCGUCGCCGCUGCCGUCCGCCUCGACGGCAAUGAGGGCAUGACUGCGCGCGGCCGCCGAAACAGCACCGGCGCAUGA